GUCGUAGGAUUGGGCGAAGCCGAAGGUCAAAGUCAUCAAAAUAGAAAGAAAAACUUGAAAUUGAUGUUGUAAUGGAUCUCAAAUUGAUCGUAAAUUGCUGAGUAAUUAUCAAGGACCACGCUGAGUGAUGGCAGAAGCGAACAGCUUGUCUCUUUUCGGUGAAAACCACCAAAAUCACGACUCCACUUGGACUGUUCACGGCAUUCGUCCGCAAUCUCUUCUGUGCAUUGCGUGCAUCGCCGAGAAUUUCGACAAUCGAGAGGAACUCGUUAUCAAGAAAAAGUAUUUUCUCGGAGAAUUGCUUGGUUUGCUAUCGUGCAGCUCUCGAAAUGAAAUCUGGGAAUUACUGGUUGACGAUGAGGAGGUGCUGGAACACUUGCUUCGGACCAUUUUUAAUCUGCUGGCGCUGUCAGAUGACAAUGUAACAACUGUGGCAAAUGAAAUUUUAGUUCUUUUAUGCAACCAGCUGAAAUCAGAUGAUCUUGUCUACCUCCUCAUCCAAGAAAUCAUUGCCAAGAUUGAAUCGGGAUGUGGAUACCAGCAGAGCCUUCCUUACCUUUCUUUGAUUGGUCAGUUACUGCAAACCAUUCCUGCCUUGGCACCAACUCUAGCUCAACAUGGAGACAGCCUGCUGGACUAUCUGGUCUCUGGCCUUGCCUCCUCGUCAGAAGAUGUCAAAACGAGCAUCGUCUUCCUCCUCGCGCGACUCCUGGGCCCGCUGCACGAGAAUGACAUUUAUCCCCAGCUCAGCAUGCAGAUCGCUCACGCCAUACUCCCCAUACUGUCAUCAGCUCAGUCACUGCAGCUACAGACCAAUGCCAUAGGAUUGCUGAGGAGACUUCUAGAGAGCAAGGAGCUGACAGGCUUCCUGAUGAGGCCAGACACCCAACCUAGCAUCUCCUCUGUCAUAAAGAAGAUUCUCCUGAGCAGGAAUGAGGUCCUACAAAUCAGCUGUGUUCAAUGCAUCUCACAGGUUGUGGUACAGGACUCUCUUCAAGCAGGAGACAGUGGCCCUUCACACACCCAGGCACUUCUGGACGAGGAUGUGGCUGAAUUCCUCUUUGAAGCUCUUUCAACCACCAAUGAUCUCAUGCUCAGGUAA